AUGUCAAACCAGACGCUCUACGAACCAAUUCAGGCGACCCCAAAGCCAGCAGACAGACUCGUCUUUAGCGAUCCCGCCCUCAUUGACACAAUUUACACCAGCAGACAUAAGAAAAAGCCAACUUGGCUCACCUCUACUAUUGGUCCCGUGACAACCUUGUUUUCUAUUUCAUCCAAUGGCACAUUGAGAUCGUUUGCUGUGAUUCACUGGGACACUAAUGCGCCUUCCAAAUCGGAUAUCCAGGUGGAAGUAAACGGCCAGACGGUGACUGCAGAACGUUUUGGAGUGAAAGCUCAAGGAUUUCUCAAUAAGAACGCUAAGUCGAGUACUUUCUAUCUCGGCGACCUGCUAUGCUAUUGGACGUUUGAGCGCUAUGAUCUGGGUAUAGGCGGUACGAGCAUCCUUUCAGAUGCCCCAGUCUGGAAUUGCUAUGCGUGUACAAAGUUUUUUGCAGCCCCAGUGUCUCCACCACCCACUCAAUCCAAAUGGAAGCAUCUUCUCAAACCCAAGGCUGUGGAGACUAGACAGCCGUUGGCCACCUACCGGCCGACCUAUGGCACCGUGAAAUCUGCAGAACGCAUGUCAAUCUACCCGGACGGAAUGCCUUUUAUUGGUCUCCUCCUCACCUCUCUUAUUCUUCUCGAUGUCAAGAGGGAAGACUGGAAAAAGGUUCAAAGUGCAACUCAGCCCGCAGAUGUCGAGGCCGUUUUGCGGCAAGACGCGACGGGGAACUUGCCCAUGUACACACCAGAACGAACCGAUGAGCCCUCUACACGCUCAGAACUACAUCCGACGCUUCCGACCACGAGCCCGUGGAGGUGGACGCCUCCAUCGACCUCUCAACCUCAGGCUCAGAAUGCGACCCCUAGGCUGAAAAGAUCAACAUCGGCAGUAGCAACAGAGCUUUCUACACAUUCUUAA